CCCCAAAAAAUGUGUAAAAAAGAGAGGAAAAAUCAUAUAAAAACUUUGGUGAAUGCAUAGAAAACCAAAGUACCCUGAUAAAUACAGCCUAAACUGCGUCUAGCGAAACCUUCCCCGUCCCUCCUUAUUACGAAUUUGCACAUGCACAUUUGCCCUCUCAUCUCUCACACCCACAGAAGCGCAAUCAGACAAGAACUGACACAACCAGGGACUGAGGUUGCGCGACAAUUCAUAUCCAAUCCCCGCAAAGCUAGAUCAUGCCCAUGAGCUCUUGAAAGCCAUUCUCUCUCUCUCUCUCUCUCUCUCUCUCUCUCUCUCUCUCUAUUUAAGACCAUCACAUUUGCCUCCGACCUUGUACCACAACUUACGACAACGUCCCGACCCAAAAAGAAGCAAUGGAGAACAGCCCCUCCCAUAACAAUGCACCCUACACCCUCCUGCCGGAGGACCCCUCCCCCACACGGCCUCCGGCGCGCUUCCGGAGACCCUUGAAGGUGUUUGCGGCAACCGUCGCUUCCGUCGUGUUCCUGAUGUCGCUGGUCGGGCUGAUCAUCAACCAAAGCCCUGGGACGCCAGCCAAGAGUGACCACCGUCGCUCGGAUCCUUUGGCCUCCAAAGCGACGUCAUUUUCGGAGGAUGAGGGGCGACUGCCGACAGGAGUGUCGCAAGGGGUGUCCGCCAAGUCCUACCCCUCCGUUCGGGACCGGCUUUCGUACAACUGGACAAACGCAAUGUUCUCCUUCCAAAGAACAGCUUACCAUUUUCAGCCUGAAAAGAAUUGGAUGAAUGAUCCUGAUGGUCCGCUGUUCUAUAUGGGGUGGUACCACCUAUUCUACCAAUACAACCCGGAUUCCGCCGUGUGGGGCAACAUCACGUGGGGGCACGCCGUAUCGAGGGACCUCAUCCACUGGCUCUACCUGCCUCUCGCCAUGGUCCCCGAUAGUUCGUUCGAUGCGGGUGGGGUUUGGACUGGCUCGGCCACCCUACUCCCCGAUGGUCGCAUCAUGGUGCUGUACACCGGCGACACUGAACAGUCCAUCCAGGUCCAAAACUUAGCCUACCCUGCCAAUCUAUCCGACCCGCUACUCCUUGAUUGGGUCAAAUACCCGGGUAACCCGGUCAUUGCCCCUCCGGCCGGAAUUGAGCCCGACGAGUUCCGUGACCCGACCACCGCCUGGAUGGGGCCCGAUGGGACCUGGCGGGUCCUGAUUGGGACCAAGGUCAAUGACACGGGCAUGGCCCUCAUCUACCAGACGAGCAAUUUCACCACGUACAAGGCCGCGGCCGGGGUGCUCCACGCAGUUAAUGGUACGGGCAUGUGGGAGUGCGUGGACUUUUACCCGGUCUCGACCAACUCGCCGGAAGGGCUCGAUACGUCGGCUGUCGGGCCCGGCGUGAAGCACGUGCUGAAGGCGAGCUUGGACGAUUUGAAGUUGGAUUACUACGCGAUCGGGACGUAUGACCCGAUUAGCGAUACUUGGACGCCCGAUGACCCGGAGGCCGACGUGGGCAUCGGGUUGCAGGUGGAUUACGGGAGGUACUAUGCGUCCAAGAGCUUCUUCGACCAGAACACAGGGAGGAGGAUUUUGUGGGGUUGGACCAAUGAAACCGACGCUGACUAUGAUGAUUUGGCCAAAGGUUGGGCGUCUGUUCAGACAAUUCCGAGGGUCGUAACAUUCGACAACAAGACCGGAGCGAACAUCAUUGAAUGGCCUGUGGAAGAGGUGGAGAGCUUGAGGCUGAACAGCACCGAGUUCGACAGUAUUUUGGUCGAGGCCGGUUCCGUCGUGGCGCUCGACAUCGGCAUGGCCACGCAGCUCGACAUAAGCGUGGAGUUCGAAAUAGAGGGAAGCGAUGCACUGGAGGCACUGGAAGAGACAGAAGCUGAAAUCGAAUGCGCUACUGCUCGAAACAGGACGACUCUCGGCCCGUUCGGCCUUCUGGUUCUCGCCGACGAGUCGCUCUCCGAGUUCACCCCCAUCUACUUCCACAUUGCUAAAUCCACCAAUGGCAGCCUCACGACAUUGUUCUGCGCCGACGAGACGAGGUCGAGCAAGGCAUCGGAAGUUUUCAGGCAAGUUUACGGUGGAUCCGUUCCGGUACUGGACGACGAGAAGUUCACUAUGAGACUCCUGGUCGACCAUUCGAUCGUCGAAAGCUUCGCCCAGGGAGGGAGGACAGUCAUAACAUCGCGGGUCUAUCCGACGGAAGCGAUCUACGGAGCGGCGAAGUUGUUCUUGUUCAACAACGCUACCGGAGUGAACGUGACGGCGUCGCUCGAGAUAUGGCAGAUGAACUCUGCCUUCAUCCACCCGUUCCCCUUAGAGGAAAUGUGAGGGGGUUGAUCCGGUCAAAGUCAACAUUAUUCUUGCCGGGCCUUUUCCAAUGGGCCGAAAGAGCUUCGAUCCAAGUUUUGCUGCCGUCGAGCCUAUUCGUUAUUUGGGGUUACCUAUCGAUGUCUACUUAAUUAUUUCGAUCUUC